GUCGAAUCCCUCGAUCAGAAACGUCCGAUCGUAAACACCAACACAAUUGUACGAGGGAAAACGUCAUCGGACUUGUCAAGUGAUAGGCGGAAAACGAGGGUGAUUUUUCUAAGCUGGCGUCUUAAGUGAUAGCGUGAUUUGCGAAAUCAGAAAAGUUCCGAGUUGAAUAUUAAGUAUAUAGUUUAUUCGAAAGUUCUAAGUUAUAAAAAGGUUAGUACAUUAAAGUAAUAUUCGCGAAUUGCCUCUAAUAGUAAUUAUACCCGAACAGAGCGCAGAUUAUCGAAGGUUUCUUAAGUGAAGGUUAGGAGUUGCAUUUGGUUGCACUUGGUGCAGCAACAAACGGUGAGCAACCAUGUGGAAAUUAAAAUGAACCUCACGUAACUAAGUUUAUAUCCAUAUAGGAACCGAUUAUAUUUGAAACCGAUGAGAAUAGUACAGGGAAAAAGGAUUUGAAUGUACACUAAACGAGAAUUUUAAUCGUUCCUGAAAUACACGAUUAAAAAUUCCGGAAAAAAGCAUUUCAUUAAUCCGAAGUUGGCACUAUCAACAUUUUAAAAUUCUCGUUUAAUCGGUGGAAAUGCCUGGACCCGGUUCCAAGAAGUCAUCACGUUCGGUGCAGAAAGAUGUUGAUGGCAAUGAUGAUGCGUUUGUACCUGCAGUGGAAAUCCUAACCUCACAUGAUGAUGGGAAGCAGUCAUCGGAAAACACAAUUGUCGGGCUGAUUGAUGAUCGUUCGGCCAAGGAUCAGAAGAAGAAAACGGGUGCCAAGCCCAAGGGCAAGAAAGCACCCACUUUCAGCUGUGCUCUCUGCAAGUGGCCCGACAAUAACGAUAUGGUUAUGUGCGAUUCGUGCAAUCUAUGGCACCACUUUAUCUGCGUGGGUGAAACCCAGGGGGUUAGUAACCGGCCAUGGAUUUGCGAGAAAUGUCUAGCAAAGGAAAAGAUUCAACAAAAAGGUAAUUCUAGCGUGGGUAGCAUUAUAGAUGUUCCAGUCAGUAUUGGUAAGAACCACGACCAGAGGGUUCUAUUGAAAAGGUUAAAAGAAGAAGCCAAGUUGAAGGAGGAAUUCGCGAUGAAAAGGUUAGAACUACAAGAGAAGUUGGCUAGCGAAUUUCUUCUGAAGAAAUAUGAACUGCUCGGCAUAAACGGUGAUGAUAAUGGUAGCAUAGUAGGAAGCGAAAUAUCCGAAUCGGGGAAUAGUAGGCAGCGCAUCAGGGACUGGAUCGAUGGCGUCGAACAAUGCGUUGAACCAGGAAAUCCUUCUUCAGAAAAAUCUUUCGUUAUGCAAAGCGGAAAUCCAAGAAAACAAAACUCGCGAAUGGGAACUGGUAUCCCAAGUGUUUUGAAUUCACUAUCUUUGACGCCGUUUGUGAAUGGGCAGAUGGUGAGCAACAAUCAAUGUCGGCAGCCUGUUGGAAACGAUACCAGCGGUCGGCAUUUCCUUCCCGAGCAGAAAUCUACGCCAAAUAACCGAAGAUUGGCUGGUGGGUGCGUACUUCCUGAGCAGCACAACGAUUUGGAAUCUUUCGUGUUGAACCGAAGCCAACUAGCGGCCCGGCAGGCGGUGUCCAGGGACUUACAGGAGUUCAGUGGUGACCCAGAAGACUGGCCGUUAUUUUACGGCACCUUUAUUUCAUCGACCGCAAUGUGCGGAUUCUCAAAUGAGGAGAAUAUGCUCCGUUUGAGAAAAUGCUUAAAAGGAAGAGCGCUUCAAGCAGUGCGCUCUCGCCUGUUACAUCCCUCGAAUGUUGGCGGAGUAUUGGCUACACUAAAAAUGGUUUUCGGUCAGCCGGAGUCGAUUGUACAAGCGAUAACUUUCAAAAUUAGAAGUCUUCCUCCCCCCGAUAUGGAUCGGCUGGAAACAUUAGUUGAUUUUGCUCUAUCGGUAGAGAAUUUGCGCGCUACAAUAGAGGCAUGUGAGGUAGAUGGUUUUAUGCAUAAUGUAUCCUUACGCAACGAACUUAUUAAUAAAUUACCCACAAUUCUAGCGAUGCAAUGGGCUAAAUAUGCCCGUGAAUCGAAGUCUCAAACACUGUCUGAUUUAAGCUCUUGGCUCUAUUCUAUGGCUGAAGAUGCUAGUUGGGUUCUGAAAUCUUCCCCACCAAUUCGAAAAACUAGGAAGAAUGAUAAGCAUGUGAAUGUUCAUGCUAGCUUAGAGUACCACAGUGCAUUACCUUCAAGUUCUUCGUUCAAUUCCCAACAGCAUAGUUCUCAAAUGGUUAAGCCGCUCAAGACCAAAGAAUGCAGCGUAUGUAAGGGUUCGUGCGCUUCCAUUGCCAAGUGCCAGAGAUUCAGCGGACUAGAUUAUGAUUCUAAGUGGGCAGUUAUCCGAGAACUGCACUUGUGCAAAAAAUGUCUUCGACGUCACACCGGAUAUUGUAGGUCACAGUCAGUAUGCGGCGUAAAUGGGUGCGACUUAAAGCACCAUCCAUUGAUGCAUAAGUCGUUAACACCACCAGCAGCACCGGCGCCGGCUCCACAGAACUACGACGAAACAAACUGCAACAUACACCGGAAUCAAUCGAACGAGGUUUUGUUCAGGGUUGUACCUGUCACGCUUCAUGGAACAGGUACGGUCGUCCACACGUAUGCACUUCUAGAUGACGGUUCAGAGUUAUCGCUAAUAGAUGAAGACUUGGCUGAGCAGUUGCAGCUGGAAGGUGCGCGAAAGGCACUUUGCCUGAAAUGGACAGGAGAUACCCGACGCUAUGAGGAAAAUUCCAGAGUUGUAAACCUUUGUAUUUCUGGUGCAGGAGGUGCUUUACAUGCUUUGAAUGGAGUUCGUACAGUUCACGAGUUGAAUUUGCCACAUCAGUCUUUAGUUGUCGAGGAGCUAACAGUAAGGUAUCCCUACCUGAAAGGGCUGCCAAUUCAAUCGUAUCACGACGCCGUUCCGCGUAUUCUCAUUGGGUUAGAUCAUGCUCAUUUGGGAAAUACACUCAAGCUACGCGAAGGCAGUGUCAAUCAACCGAUCGCUGCAAAAUCCAGGUUAGGGUGGCUAGUUUUCGGAAGUUGUGUGGAGCGCAGACCAGCUAGUGUUUAUGCUAACGUUCACUACCUUCCGCAAUGCGAAUGCAUAGAUGAUGCUGAACUUCAUAAGGCGAUGAAGAAUUAUUUUUCCUUGGACAGCAUGGGAGUGGUGCAACGAGAAGCUAUGCUUUCAACAGACGAUCAGAGGGCACUUCAUCUACUCCAAACGAAAACCCUUCGACUAUCUGAAAAGUAUGAAGUUUGUCUCUUGUGGAAGUACGAAAAUGUUAGGCUACCAGACAGUAAGGUGAUGGCACUUCGUAGAUGGGAAUGUUUAGAGAAACGUUUGUCAAAAGACCAAUCGCUCGCUCGGAUACUGAAGGAGAAAAUAGAGGAUUACUUAGAAAAGAACUAUAUUCGCAAGUUAACUAAAUCUGAACUUGAAUCCUGCUUCCCACGGGUUUGGUAUCUUCCGAUCUUCCCGGUGGUAAACCCGAACAAACCAAGCAAAGUCAGAAUUGUUUGGGAUGCUGCGGCGAAGGCCCAUAAUGUAUCGUUGAAUUCCGUAUUAUUAAAAGGUCCCGACCAGUUAUGCUCGCUUCUAUCAGUCCUACUGAAAUUUCGCGAAUUCCGGGUGGCAUUCUCAGGUGACAUCCGUGAGAUGUAUCACCAAGUGAUGAUCAACGAAACUGACCAGCAAUGUCAGAGAUUUUUUUGGAAGGAUGAUCCUUCAGCACCUGAGCCUAGUGUCUUCGUAAUGCAGGUGAUGACCUUUGGGGCUAGCUGUUCGCCGAGUUGUGCCCAAUUUAUAAAAAACACCCAUGCCCGAAAAUUUAGUGAUCGGUUUCCAGAAGCAGUCGAUGUAAUUAUAAACAAGCACUACGUACACACUUAA